UCUACUAUUGCCAUUGGCUGCGGCCGUGUUGAGCUUCCGUCGGCCUCCGUCGUGUAGAAGGAUGAACUCCGUGCUUCUACUUCGGGUGUCGGUCCAUGAGCGGAUUAGUGCCGCGGCCGAAGACUUCCUGCUGCCGCUGGAGAAGGCUGGAGCAGCAGUGCAGGUGUCACUGCUGCGGCCGCUGCUCACUGAGAGGCUGGCGGCCGCCGCCGAGGAGGUUGUCGCGUUGUUCGACAAAACCGUGUCACACUACGAAACCAAGAUUCGUCGGUCCGAGAAGGAGGUCUGUCGUCAAAGGGAGGCUCUGGCUUCCCUGCUGAGAACCGGACCCAAACCUCAGAGACCCGAUGUCUUGAAAGUGAUCGUUGGCGACGACGAGCUGAAGAAGGCUUCCAGUCCGGAGCACAGCGACCAAGAGGCCCGAUGUUUUAAAGAAGAGGACACGUGGAGUUGUCAAGAGGAAGAGGGGAACAUCUCUGUUCAUCAUUUGAAGAGUGAGAGUGAUAAAGAUCAGCCCCUGCGUCUUCCUCACACUGAGCCAGCCAGCAGUACCUCGCAUUCAAAAGCAGCAGAGCCACUCUUCAGCUGCGGCACUGAAGACGAGACCUCGCGUUCACCAGACCUGGUCUGGCUGGAGCCCAGUUGUCAUCCAGAUAAUAGCAACUUUGCCAAGAACAGCUGUGACCCAAUACAAUCUCUGACUUGUUCACAGUGUGGUAAGCUCUUUAGCUCAAAGUCAAGUGUGACCAAACAUAUGAGAAUCCACACUGGAGAGAAGCCCUUCAGCUGCAUCUUCUGUAAUGCCUGUUUCACUCAGCGCCAGGCCCUGGAGCGCCAUCUCAGGACACACACGGGGGUGAAGCCCUUUCCCUGCGCCGUCUGUGACAAAAGAUUCACCCAAAAAAGUCACAUGCUGAGACACAUGAUGACUCAUACCGGAGAGAAACCAUUCAGUUGCGCAUUCUGCGAUCGCGUUUGUGCAGAGAAAGCUGACCUGAAGGAACACAUGAGAGUCCACACAGGAGAAAAACCUUUCGUCUGCUCCAUCUGUGGCACUGGAUUUUCACAGCGCCAGGCCAUGAUUCGCCACAUCAGAACUCACACCGGAGUUAAACCUCACCUCUGUCUCAUCUGUGGAAAGAGUUUUUCCCAGAAAAGUCACAUGAUGAGACACAUGGCUACCCAUGAAGGGAAAAACCAGGUCUUGCAGGAGCACACACAAACGCAUGCUCAGACACAAACUCAAGCCGACUCUCCAGACGAAGCUGAAAACCCAGACUGAGCUGUUCUGAACGUCAUUUGCUAUUGAUGUAAGCCAUUAUUUAUGCUUGUUUUGGUGCAGAAAAGAAAACUGUGCGCUAUUGUUAUCCUAACUGAAUUAAACCAGAGCUGACCUUGCACUUAUUUGCUUGGUUUACCUCCAACCUCAGCCAAAUGAUGCCGUACGCUGUCACGGGCUCCUUUCACUCGGGCUGGACGUGUUUUGGCUGUAUGGCGGUAUUGGAUACAAAGUGAUGUAUUAAACACGGCCAACUGUCCAGAUUGUCUUCUACAGUAAUCACAUCUCUCAUAGCAAGUAGCUUUCGCCCAAUAAAAUGAUAAAAAAUAGUAGUGAUGGGUAAAAAUGAGGAGGCUUCAUAAAGCGUUUGGCCACAAUAGCACAGUGUGGAUACUGCGUCACUGAACACUGACACCUGCUGGACAUUAAAAGUCCCUGCAGGCAGCCGACUUGACAGACUGAGCUGAC